GAGGCUCAGCCUGCUGUUAUUGUUGUCCCGGCAGCCAUGGAGGAGCUGAGCGCGGUGGGAGAGCAGGUUUUUGACGCCGAAUGCAUCCUCAACAAGCGACUGAGGAAGGGAAAGUUGGAGUUUCUGGUCAAGUGGAGGGGAUGGUCGUCCAAACAUAACAGCUGGGAGCCCCAGGAAAACAUCCUGGAUCCCAGGCUGCUGGCGGCCUUCAACAAGAAAGAGCAGGAGAAGGAGCUCCUGAUGCGCAAGAGAGGGAAACGGCCCAGAGGACGACCACGGAAAAGGCCGGACAACGUUCCCGAAGCUGCCAAGUCCAACAGCUCCUCUUCAGGCUCAUCUUCCUCAUCCUCAGAUUCCUCAUCUUCCGGUUCCUCGUCCUCUUCUUCCUCCUCGUCAGAAGAUGAGGAUGAUGACGAUGCAGACGAGGACAGCCACAUGAAGCGAGCGAACGUACGAGACCUCCAUCCCGUCCCCCAGAAGAAGGCACAGAUUGUGGUGGCCAAACAGGAGCCCCCCAAGAAACGAGGUCGUAAACCUCUCUCUCCGGAAGUGAAGGAAUUCCGGAAGGGAAAAGGCCCUCAGAAGACGUCCCAAGAUUGUGAUCUUCCAGGAUCUAUCAAGAAGCCGCUUCACCUGGCCAGCUUCACCUUCAUGGGCUUCAACAGGGGAGCGGAUUCCCGAAACUCUCUGAGCUCCGUGGCUUCCAGCAGAUCCGUCCCACCUUCCCCCGGCCCUCUGAACAAAUGCAGCCCCGGCAGGAAUGUCGCUGAGGGGAAACUGUCCGUGUCCAGUCUGGACUCGUGCAAAUCAAGAGGAGUAGCGGCUUUGAACUUGAACACAUCCAGACAUCCCGUCCCGGGAUCCCCUCAGCACACCCUGAACCCCAGCAGCGGACCGAAGGCCCACGUGUUGCAAAGACUAGCCAACGCUAAAGCCAUGGCCUCCCAGCAGUCCAAGAACACGUCAAACAGUCCGAGUCUGCAUCCGCUGAACCUCCACCACAAAGUCAUGCACACCAGUGAGCCACCGGGAAAUGGUUCCGGACCCGGUGCAAGUCCUGCACGCAAAACCGCUCUCCAAAACCAAGACUACAAGGCCCCUCAGAGUCCAGCUACCCCGGGGGGCCCCCGGAAGAAUCAGUCCACCCUUGAAAAGGAGGCGCAGACCUCCAGAAGUAAAGCGGAGAAAGGUGGCGCCCAUAAGUCUGACGCUUCCAAAGACGGCAAGAAAGCCAAGACCAGCGAGAUGAGCACCGGGGAGGACGAGAGCGGCUCGGACUCCGACCAGGACUCGUCAGACGGCGGUCAGGACGGCUUGGCGGUGGUCCAGAACCAAGACUGGAAGCCCACUCGCAGUCUGAUAGAACACGUGUUUGUGACGGAUGUCACGGCCAACCUGGUCACCGUCACCGUGAAGGAGUCUCCGACCAGCGUGGGCUUCUUCAGCAUCCGCCCCUACUGACGGGACCCGACCGCCACGCGUCAUUUAUUGACCACAAAAGGGUCUCGUGCUCCUGGACUGGGUGUUCUUUUCCUCAGGUCAAUCUCAGGCUGCAUUUGAGACGACUGGGAAUUUGCAAACAUUCCACUUGGAAAUGUGGAAAAGAGAAAAAGUUAGGAUUUGAUUUUGGACUGCUAGCGGUCCAGACAUACCUGGACCAUCCCUCAUAGUCCAUAUGAAUAAAUAUGAACGGGGUGCUAGGAUUGUUCAAGUCGCAUUCCGAUGCCUUUUUUUUUUUAUUGCUGGACUUUUGCGGCUUCCCAGUUUCUGGAACGCUGCCAUGCCGGGUAUUCAGGAAAUAUCCUAGCAGUGCCAAUUGAGUUGAUCAAUCAAUCAAUCAAUAGUUGUUGUAAAUCACCUUGCUGCCAAGUAGAAGUCUAGUAUUAUUGGAUAUUAGCUACCUCUGGUUUCUACCAGGUCUGCUCCUGGUCUCCAGGAGCCUGGUCUUACUGCUGAUUCCCAAAACCGCCUUGUUUGAUCAGAACACGGACACGGAUUCAGGGUCUCCCUCAAGUCCUGGUGUUGACAGGGCAGAUGAGCACCUGACAGGGUCGUGUCGGGGAGGUCCCGUGGGAGGGACGGGGGUGUGGACCGUGAGACAAUAAGCACCAGAUGUCUCGGGACACUUUUGUUGUUUGGCCUCAGCUGCUGACGUCUCUUUGGGAUGGGCCCUGCUCCGCUUUCAUCUCACCGUGUCACACAAAAGAAGUCCCACAAUGUGCGCCGCUUCCCGCUCUCCUGAGAGGGUCGGCCAACAAAGCGCUUCCUCUGAACUCGGGACUAAUCCGGCGACCCGGCGCUGCGCCUUUCUCUCAGACCGACACAAAGACACGCCGCUCCGGGAUUAUGGAAGCGCUUGGAGAUGCCGCGGCGAGCCUUCCUCAAACAGGAAGCUGCAGCUGUUUUUAAAGUGUAACUUCCUGUUUUUGGAGAGAUGGAUGGUGCCGAUGAAGAACGUGAGAAGAUGCGAUAAUAAAAGUUUUAUCUGCGUUUACAUGAAUGAAUCCUCUCUGCGGUGGCCUCAUUCAUUACAAGUGUUUACGCUAUGUGGCUAGCACAUAGCUAAUGACACUUUACCCGGCUGGGUCCGACCCAGACUUGGAGCGGUGGGGGGGGUGGCAGCAGGCAUCCCCAUUUGGUGCCUGACACUGAAGUGUAGCUCAGGCGGGACUCCCAAUAACGUGACAACACAUGCUGGUAUGACACAAUCAUCCAAAGACUCCAAUAAUUAAUAAUAAUGCCAAUAAUAAUAUAAUAAUAAUAAUGCCAAAACCACAGCACAUUCACUCACUUGACAUUUGAAUCGUUCGAUACGACAAUCCAUACUCCAAUUUAAGUUAGGACUUCAUUAUUUGUUGAAAUGCUGACCGAUGGUCUACGGAGCC